AUGUUCACGAUUGACAGUAUCCUGCACUCGGGUCGGUCUCCUCCUUCGCCUCCGUCGCAGGUGAAGGAGUGGCUGUCGGCGGAAGGAGGAGCUGCAGCAGGAGCGCCCUCGAAGUCGCCGUCCUACUCCCCGGCCGUUCCUUCGACGUCCUCCUCCUUCUCCUCGUCUUCCUCCUCCGGCGCGGCGGUUCCUGUGCCUCCUUCGCCUCCCGCCCUGGUGCCCGCGACGCCGCUCUUGCCCUGCGUGUCUCCUGCGCCCCCGUGUCUGUCCCUGACGCCCUCGCUGCUCUCCUCCGUGAGCCAGCUGCUGGACUUCUCGGCGCUCAUCCCCGGCACCACCAGCUUCGCCCCGAGCGUCGACACGAGCGUCUCUUCGGCGAGCGCGUUUCAUUCCGCCGCCAGCGCCUUUGUUCCCAUCUCCGCCUCGACGUCGACGGCCCUCCCCAUGGGCGCCGCGUCCUGCCACUCGCCGGCGCACCCUGACGUGGCCCAGGGGAAGACCACCGCCUGUCCUCAUCAGCGCCUCGCUCUUCCGGCCGCCGUUAGUAGAGUCCCUUCGGUUCCUUUGGCUCCCUUGGCCCCCUCGCGUUCGCAGACGCCCUUUGUCUCCCCCGCCACUUCCUUGCCUCACGCGCUACACACUCCUUUCACGCCCCCGGCAGGUGCCAUCCACACAGUCCACAUGGCUCACCUACCGUGCCACGGCGCCCGGAACACGGGGUAUGCCUCCCACAGCGCGCCCAUUGCACCGAGCCCCUUUGCCUACGCCCCGCUCGGCCCCGUGCCCAGCCCGGCCGCAAGGGCCCCUUCCGUCCUCGCCCUCCCUUUGACCGCUCCCGACGUCGACUUCACCGCCCGGAUGCUCCUCCCGAGACCUCCCUCUCGGCCCCCUGGCGUCGCGGAGGUCUUCGAGGCGAGCGAGAAGGGGGGCGACCCCUCCUUCCCCCCUCGUGAGGCAAGGAGGUCUGAGGUCGAGGAGCAUCUCGUACGCAGCUUCCACCCUCAUUAUUUCGCAGCUGGUUAUCUGCCGCCUUCAUACCCUCUCGGUUUACAAGGCGUCAGCGUGGCUUCUGCACUAAGGACCAAAGUCAGGCGUCGUUACACUGGAUAUCAGACCAAACAGCUGGAGAAAUGGUUUGAGGAAUAUAAAUACAUCACACCACAGACGAGGAAGAUUAUUGCUUGUGAGCUUGAUUUAAGGGAACGCCAGGUGAAGACGUGGUUCCAAAACAGACGAGCGAAGGAGAAGCGAAGACGAGCCAGUGUGAGUUGA